GGGGGGGGGGGGGGGGCGGGGCGGAGUGGCGUGUCGUGGGGAACGACAGCCUUGGACGGGCUCCUUUCUCGCAGGCACCUCUGGAUUUUGAGGAAGGGCUCGGUUGGUGCGCCGCGCGCGGAGCCAUGUCGCAAUCGCAGACGAACUGGGAGGCGGAUAAGAUGUUGGAUGUCUACAUAUAUGACUAUUUUGUGAAGAGAAAUUUGCAGGAAACUGCAAAAGCCUUCCAAACGGAAGGAAAUGUCUCGCCAGAUCCAGUUGCAAUCGAUGCACCUGGUGGCUUCCUUUUUGAAUGGUGGUCGGUAUUUUGGGAUAUAUUCAUAGCACGAACAAAUGAGAAGCAUUCUGAUAUUGCAGCAUCGUAUAUUCAGACUCAGUCGGUGAAAGCAAGGGAACAUCAACACCAGCAGCAGCAGCAACAACAGUCCCAACAGCAGCAGCAGCAACAACAAUCUCAACAGCAGCAGCAGCAGCAGCAGCAGCAACUACAGUCUCAACAGCAGCAGCAGCAGCAGCAACUACAGUCUCAACAGCAGCAGCAGCAGCACCAACACCAGCAGCAGCAACACCAGCAGCAGCAACAACAACAGCAGCAGCAGCAGCAGCAACACCAACAGCAGCAGCAGCAACACCACCAGCAGCAGCAACAACUACAGCAACAGCAGCAGCAGCAACAACAACAACAAUCUCAACAUCAGCAACAACAGCAGCAGCAGAUACAAAUGCAGCAAAUGGUGUUACAGAGAGCUGCACAGCAGCAGCGUAGAGAUAGUUCUCAUCUUAAUGGCACAUCAAGUGGACUUUCUGGAAAUGAUCCUUUAAUGGGGCAAAACCCAGCUACUGCUACUGCAAAUGCUUUGGCAGCAAAAAUGUACGAGGAGAGGUUAAAGCUCCCUACCCAAAGAGAUUCUCUGGAUGAGGCAUCAAUGAAGUUGCAGCAAAGAUAUGGAGAGAAUGUUGGCCAGGCACUCGACCCAAACCAUGUGCUAUUGAAAGCAGUUGCAAGCGGACAUUCUUCAGGGCAAAUUUUGCAUGGAAGUGCUGGUGGGUUGUCAGGCGCCCUGCAAGUUCAGGCAAGAAGCCCACAACUGCCAAUGCAAGAACAGAGUACCAAAACUGAGAUCAAUCCAGUUUUGACACCAAGAACUUCAGGUCCUGAAGGAUCAUUCAUUGGUGUCCAAGGAUCUAAUCAAGGUGGAAGCAAUUUGACUCUGAAAGGUUGGCCACUCACGGGGCUCGACCAACUUCGCCCUGGUAUUCUGCAGCAAAAGUCAUUUAUGCAAUCUCCACAACAACAAUUUCAGCAGCUCCAAUUUCUAAAUCCACAACAGCAGCACCUUUUCAUGCAAGCCCAGCAAAAUAUGGUUUCGCCUACAACUAGUGAUGUUGACACCAGAAGAUUAAGGAUGCUUCUUAACAGCAGAAAUAUGGUCCUUGGGCAGGAGGGGCAGACAAACAGUGGUGGGGAUAUUAUCCCCAAUAUUGGUUCUCCUAGCCAAAGUGGUGGAUCACGUACCGAUAUAGAUAUGCUAAUAAAGAAGAAAAUUGCUCACUUACAACAGAUACAACAGCAAGGUCAUAGCCAACAGCAACAUCAGCUCCAGCAACCUACUGUCUCCAGUCAGCAGUCUCAGAGCUCAAACCAGCUUCUUCAGCAACAGGAAAAGCCAGGAGUUGGGUGCAUGCCUAUUGACGAAGUCAUACCAAACUCUUUCGUAGUAGCUGACCAAACAUCGAAGAAGAGAAAGAAACCUGUCUCAUCCUCAGGUAGAGCUAAUAGUUCAGGAACAGCAAAUACUGCUGGGCCAUCUCCGAGUUCUGCACCUUCGACACCUUCAACUCACACGCCAGGAGAUGCAAUGUCCAUGCCACAGAUGCAGCAUAAUGGUGGUCUAUCGAAACCAUUGUUGAUGUUUGGUUCUGAUGGCACUGGAAGCUUGACCUCUCCAGCAAACCCACUGGGUGAUGUGGACCGUUUGUUGGAAGAUGACUCCUUGGAUGAAAAUGUAGACUCUUUUUUAUCACCGGAGGACAUGGAUCCUCGGGAAACCAUGGGGCGCUGCAUGGAUGCCAGUAAAGGGUCUGGUUUUUCUGAGGUUGCAAAAGCCCGUGCGAGUACAAGUAAGGUUAUUUGUUGCCAUUUCUCAUCAGAUGGUAAAUUGCUUGCUACCGGAGGCCAUGAUAAAAAGGCUGUUUUAUGGUUUACAGAUGCCCUAAAGCCCAAAUCUACAUUAGAAGAGCACUCGAUGCUAAUUACAGAUGUUCGAUUUAGCCCAAGCAUGACCCGCCUUGCUACAUCUUCCUUUGACAAAACUGUGCGAGUUUGGGAUGCUGACAAUCCAGAUUAUUCACUCCGUACUUUCACGGGUCAUUCAGCAUCUGUGAAGUCACUUGAUUUUCAUGCAAAUAAAGAAGACAUCAUUUGCUCUUGUGAUAGUGAUGGGGAAGUGCGUUGCUGGAGCAUAAUUAAUGGUAGCUGUGUGACAUGUGUUAGGGCCUUUAACGGAGGUGCAACUCAGUUGAGAUUCCAACCUCGUCAAGGGAAAUAUAUUGCAGCUGCCUCGGAGAAGAUGAUAUCAAUAUUGGAUGCAGAAACAUUAAAAGUUCGCAGGAGUUCUUUACAGGGACACAUAAAAAAUAUUCAGUCGAUUUGUUGGGAUGCUGCGGGUGAUUAUCUGGCCUCUGUGAGCGAAGAUUCUGUCAAGGUUUGGUCAUUUACUUCAGGGAAUGACGGCGAAUGUGUGCAUGAGUUGAAUUGCAGCGGAAACAAGUUCUGUUCUUGUGUUUUCCACCCAAACUACCCAUCAUUGCUCGUAAUUGGUUGUUAUGAGUCCUUGGAACUUUGGGACGUCAGGGAGAAGAGUACUGUGACCAUCAGCAACGCUCAUGACGGCCUGAUUGCAGCGCUAGCUGCGUCAAAUGCAUCAGGGUUGGUUGCCUCAGUAAGUCAUGAUAAGCUUGUCAAGCUCUGGAAGUGACAUCAGGUAGCAAACCGGCAACCUUGGUCUGCAUCACAUUUUACAUGUAGGUCCUUGAGGGUAUCUGCUGUCCACAUCCAGCAACAGUUGGAUAACAUGAUUCCUACAGCUAAACGCAUGACAGAGGGCAGCUAACAAAAAUGUUUCCAACUAUCUGUGUUCAAGAACUAGCACAAUUUGGUGUUGACUCAGUUGCUGCCCGUGCUCAUGGAUGGGUUUGUAACUAUCCUUGGCCUGCGCAAACUCUAGAGCGUUCUCAUGGAUUAAGCAGAUACCUCUUAUGUAACUUUCGCUACAGUUUUCUUUAUUAUGUGACCUCUUUUUUCUCCUUUUUUGUGCCCAAAUUCUCUUGAAUCAAUGGUGAUCUUGUGCUGCCUGAAAAGUUCCAAGUGUG